GUUGUGUAUAAUUAACAGCGUGGCUUCUUUGAGCACCCAGGCGUCAUUCGGGCCCGCCUCAGGUCUGCUGAUGAUCCACGUCUUUGCCGAGGCAGAAGCAGCAGUACACCCAUAUGCAUAUUUCUGGCUUCGAAACAGCGUUUUGGAAACCUACAGGUGACGUCACUCAGGCUCUGUCCAUUCUUUAUAUAUCCUGUUACUGGUCGGACCCCUCAGACUGAUAUUGUGACCUCCUGGCUGGUCCUGAACAUCACAUUGAGAGCCGCUGAACUCAGGUUACCUCUGUAAUCUGUGACAUCAUGUUUUGCAGUGGUCAAACUAUAAAUUGCCAUUAUUAAUUUCCCUUUCAGACACAGCGAAAGUAACAAAACUUAAUGGAAAACACAGCCGGUUAUUGCUUUUUUUUUUGUUUGUUUUUUGGAGCAAACACUGUAAUUACAUCCUCAUUUAUGCUCAGACUGCAAAGUGUUUGUUUGUUUGCCGUCUGACAUUUACAGUAGAUGCUCUCUGUGUUUGUUUCGCUCUGACUCAAAGUGAAGGUGUUGCGGAGUGUCACACUACAGUAAUUAGCAGCCUCAUUAACAUUUGAGUCACAUUGUGUCAUUAGCAGCGCUGCACAGCGUGCAGGCCCUUAUGUUGAGUUCAGGACAACUGCAAAGCUGGUGUGGCUAAUCAUGACUGACAGAAGGAAAGUCAUGCAGCACGUUACUAUUAAUUAAUUACUUUAUUAGUUUGUAUCUAAUGUUUAAAAAUCACUAAUCAACCCCAAAAGUCUCUGUGAUCUCAGAGGGUUUGUUGGUUUUGUGCCCGUCGUCAUGGUUCAUGAUGACCUUAUCCUGUCCAGUGACACUCCUGUUCACACCACACACCUCCCCCGUUACCUCACCGCCAUCCUCCUCCACCAAUCACAUCCUUUCGCUGGCUUGAGGAUGAGGAGGAUUCGAAGAUGAAGAGGCUUAUUUAUCAGCUCAACACAUCCCACGCGGACACCGAUAAGUGACUUUCUCAUCGUCUGCGUUGAAUACGGAAUCUGGGGGAAUAUAAGAGUUGAAUUUACUGUUUGAGGCGGAGAUGCUCGGCUCUCAGGUGAAGGUACUUCUCGUGGCGUUUUCCUCUGUGCUGCUGGUGCAGGUCAGCGGCGCUCCACGCAGAGACACGCUGACAGAAACACUGAGGACAGAUCUGGCAAACGACAAGGAUCUCGCUUACUUGCUCAUGCUCAAGUUUGUGUCUGAGCUGAUGGCGGCUGAAGGAGACCAGAUGCUCCCCGAGCUGGAGGAGGACGAGGAGGCGAUGGGAGUCGGCGGGGAGGAGGUGAUGCGACGACACCUCCCUCUCACCCAGAGAGAGCGCAAGGCAGGCUGUCGCAACUUCUUCUGGAAGACGUUCACCUCGUGUUAACGCAAGAACUCGAUCUGCUGAAGAGUGUUUUUAAGUUUUAAGUGUACUUUAAAAAGAAGGAUGAAUCGAUCCACGUUUGCUCACUUUGUUGUAACUGGAUGAUUUACUGCAAGAUGCCAAAUUUACAGGUGUUUUGGCAACUGUAAAGAGUGAGUUUGCAGGGAUAUACACACCUAAAAUAAAAUUUUCUGAUUUAAAAGUUUGUCAAGUGAUAUCUCAAAGGAACAGAGAAACUUUUAAACAAGAAUCAUAAAGAUUUGAAGCAGCAGGGUCUGAAAUAUCCUGAUUUUUAGUCACACACAAAAAACACUACAUUUCCCAUAAUGCAACACAACUGCCUGGAGAAUGACCACAUCUUUCAGUGCCCCUUCAAGUUUCAAACAUUCGGUAUUUGCAGAAAAAGUGACAGACACACCGACUGACUUGUUGACAUUUUAAUAAUCAAUCAUGUUACUACAACCUGUAUUAGGAGAAAUCCACUCGUGUGUUCACAUGCUCUCCCGUUAAUGUAACUACCUGCCAUUUUUCUAACCUGAACAACUCUUUUUUUUUUUUGUUCAUUUAAGAACAAAAAGCGGCCUCCUCCUUCACAGUGUGAAUUCAAUCGGUGGACAAAAAGGUCUUGCCGCCGUACCGCUUCACGGCUUCGAUCUACAAGCUUCCCAAUUCACAGCAUUUCAAACCAAGCACACAGUUAAAGAGGAGAAAUGAGACACAAUGACGUGAUAUGAGGAGUUGGCAUGAGACACGUAAGCAUGAAUGAAAUGAUAACCUUGAUGAGAAAAAGCAGAUUAAUGCGAGUAUAGUAUAUACACCGUGAGAUAAAUUAAGAGAUGAACCGUUUUAGCAUGAUCCAUCAAGCUCUGUCACACACACACAAA